UCUCCCGGACGCCCUCUCUGCCGGCUCUUGGCUUGCAUUAGCCUCAGGCACGCGCUCCGCUAUCACCUUGUCCACGUCUGCAUCCUCGGGAGCGGCCAUGCACGGUGCCGUCGCAGGCGCAGCAGCGCCCAGCGUUGCCCGCACGUCCCGGGCCGCGUCACAGAGCAGCACGCCCGUGCCAGCCGCAAGCCAGGCCCGCACAAGCACAUCACUGACUGAGAGGCAGGGGUACAAAUAGCCGGUGCCUUCGCUCGCUCUCGUUGCGCCCACCGUCGUCCUUCACAGCCGCCUCCGCUCCGCCAUGCGCUUCUCCGCCUCUGCUCUCCUCGUCGCGCUCGCCUGCCUGUCGCACGCCGCCGCCUCGCCGGUGCUGGCCGAGCAGCGCGACGAGUCUGCGGCCCUCUCCAAGCGCGCGCUCGACCCCAACGACCCCAAGUACAGCUUCGAGUGGCGCGAGGACCGCUCGAACCCGGCACGCUGCGCCCACUUCCCGCCCGGCGAGUUCAAGGCCUUCGACUUUGGUGACUGCACGGCGCAGCUGUCGAUGCUGCGCGACCGCCGCAGCGUCAUCUACAACUGGGCCUUCGACGCCAUCUACGCCGACGGAUCUCGCGUCGAGCACGAGCCCAUCCGCGACUUCGGCCGCCUGGCCGUCAGCGACCCGGACUACACGACGAGCGGCGGCCAGAACUACCGCACCACGCAGGUCGAGGGCGACUACAUCUCGGUCCACGAGUUCACCAACGUGUGCCGCAACGGCGCCGCACCCGUCAGCUGGCAGUUCUACAUCGUCAAGCCGUCGGGCAUCCAGUGCGCAAACAACGGCCAGAACUGGUUCAAGUCGCGGCAGAUUGCCGUCACGCGCGGCGUCUCGCGCCCCGCCCAGGCGCGCAUCACGGCGGCGCGCCGCACCAACGACGCCGGCGACUACGAGCUGAGCUGGGCCGCCGUGUCGGGCGCAGCCUCGUACAGCGUCAUCCUCCAGACAUACACCGGCGGUGCAGGCGAGACGAGCUACUACACGACCAUCCGCGGCCGCCGCGUGCAGGCGCCCAGCACGUCGGUCACCGUCUCCACCGGCACACGGCAGGUCGGCCGCUCGCGCUUCUUCGUCGUCAACGUCGUCAACGCGCAGGGCGUCUGGUCGUUCACUCCCAGCGUCAACAACUACGAGGGCAAGUGGUGACCGUGCGCUCUCUACACCCAGGUGGCGCCGGCUGUGCCAGGAGAGGGGACCGGUCCGGAGACGGGAUGCUGCAUCCUGCUUGUGAACGAAACGCAAUGCAUGAUCUAACGAGCGA